AUGUUGGGCAACGUUGAGCGAUACGUGCUCACUCCGGUGGUGCUCCGGUUUGCCCGCAAGUACAUCAAAAAUGUGGAGGGAGCCGCAGCAAGUGACCUGCAGGUCUCCUUGUCGGGGGGCUCGCUCGUCUUCCGCAACUUCGAACUCAACCUUGAAGAGGUCGUGAAGAACCUGCCCUGCUCGGUGGUGCGCACAUUCGCCCGUGAGCUUCAGAUCAAGAUUCCUUGGACCAGGCUCGCGACCGACCCCAUCGAAAUCGUCCUCGACACUGUGGAAUGCGUCUUUGCAAAGGGCAAGGGGCCUCGGCCCGCUCCAGGAGAGUCGUCUGAGAAGGAGGCUGCGGAACAGGAAGCGAGCAAGGGCGACGAUGCCGAUCCUGGCGAUCACGAGGCUUAUUCGCAGACCUGGGUCGGCUCCCUGCUCCAGUCCGCGCUCGCCAACGUCACUGUCCGCGUCAAGAACUCCGUCAUCAAAUACAUCGCCGACGGGGCGGUGGCCACUGUCUCGGUCGAAUCCGCGGUCGCGUACUCGGCCGGGAAAGACUGGCAGCCGAUCACCGAUCCGCUUCUCGGACUGCGCCGCGUGUGCGCUCUCAACAACAUCUCGGUGUGUCUGGACGAGUUGGAUUCGUUCGGGCGGGUCGCAGAGUACCAGGAGGCCCUGCUGAAGGAGCGGUUGGUGAGCGUGCGGCUGUCUCUGGUGCCAGCACGGGGGGGAAACAAGGCCCGGCGAUGCGAAGCGGAAGUGAUCGUCGGCCCACUCGAUGCCUCCGUGAGCAAUUCCCAGUUGGACCAGAUCCGCCGGAUCGUGAGUGGGUUCCGGAGCGGGGCAGGGGAGGUGCGGGGCAGAGAGCAAAACGUAACAGAGGGGGAAGAGGCGAAGAGAAGAGAGAUUGACGGAAAUUUAGUAGAGGCGUCACAGGUUGCUCGAGAUGACGGGGAUGAGAGCGGUAUCCAAAGGAAAGGACUGGAUGGCGAGAACUCGAGGAGUACUGGUCUAGUUUCGAGUGGGGACAGGCUAUCUCCACCUGAGUCGGAGGGCUCCACCGGUGAUGACUUGGACGGACGGAAUGUCGACGAGCGGACUGCGGACGGAGCCGGACACGAGCCCCUCAAAAGCAACGCGCUGGAGGCGACAGCUGGCGCGGCCGAAGCGGCGGCGCAGCGAAGGGAGGCGCUUCAGCAGAUGGAAGAAGAAGCUGACGUGUUGGGUCUCCUCGGUUCGGGGGGGCCGCUCGACCUGGCGUUCCGGUUGAAGCUUACCGGGGGGGAGGUGAAGCUGCGCCACGUGCCCCCCCCUGAAGUGAAAAAGGGACCGGUCCGGCAUUCGAGCGCCGGGGGGAGUGCGUCUGAAGAUGGUGGAGUGUCCGAGAAAGAUGACGACAGCACUACGGUGGUGGACAAGGCCGUGAUAGAGCAGACUCUCAGCCCCCCCGCCGCGGGCGUAUUCAUCCCGACCCCGGACCUCUUCUCGAGCCUUCCGGACGUCCGCAGCCCGCGCUUUCGGAAUUCUGAAUCCGGCGCUAAGGCCCAGUUUGCGGUCCUGGCCUGGGGAGGGCUCUCGGUGGAUGCUGACGUGGCACAGGAGGCCCUGCAAUCGGUUAGCGCUCGGUUAGACUGGGCGCGGGUUACGAAGCCCGGUGCGGUGGCAAACGAGGGCCCUUCGGACGUGUUGCUAGCGAUUCUGCCCGACCGGGAUGGGGGCCAAUUCGCUGCGCGACGGCAGCUCUCUUUUCCGGGGAGUCCCGUCUCAGACUUCGGUACAGAUGCUGCAUCCCAAGCUUCUAGACUGAGCGCGCAGGUCGAAAAGUCCCGGGCUACCGAGGCGCAGCAACCGACUCCCUCCGGUGCGACCAAGUUCCGUUCCGCUUCCUCCAGCCUCGCUUCGCCCCAACUCGCAACCCCCUCGGCGAAGUCACCUUCCGACGAGGCUACGUCCCCCGAGCGGAAGGCCCUGCAAAUCACGUGGCAGAGCGAGGAACGUCCCAUAGAUUCGGGCGAAGCAGGAAACGACAAGGCCCCGAAGCUACAGGCUUUGGUGGGACACGUGGCAGUCGCCUACAGGCCGGGGCUCGUGGCUGGCCUGAAGAGCUUCAUGCAGAGCGGGCGGGACGGAAUGGAAGCGGCUGACGUCAUCGUCGGCCAGGAUGACGGUGAUGGCUUGGAGAAAGGGGGAAAGGCUGGUAGCAGUGGACACGUCAGCGAGGCGGAGAGAUUGGCCCCCGGGUGGUACUCGGAGGCGGCCAAUCAGGUGGUAGAUGAAACCCCCUCAGGGGAUAACGGUGAAAUCGGUGAACUUUCCUUCUUAGCACGGGUCCGUGAGAGGGUGUCCGCUUUGCCGGCCUUUGAGGUCUCGGUCGAAACUUGCGAGUUGGCGGCGCUUGGCGCGGAAUCGGAAAGUGGCCCGCCGGCAGUGGUGCUGAGUUCCGGACAAUUGGAGUGUCGUCUUUCGGACCUUCUGGACGGUGCCAAAGAAGGGGAGGGAGGCGGGGCACGGGCGUUCGAGGUGGUUUUGCGAGAAGUGAAAGCGGAUGCGGUUCCAGACUGGGCGCGUCAGCAGGAGUGCACUCAGAUCUUGGACCCCACGACUCUCUCGUGCUCGCUCUCUCUGCCCGGGUCACCACCCGGACCGACUUCGCCUACAACGCCGAACACUACUGUAUCCUCCAACCGGUUCCGAUUUCAAUUGGGUGGCCCCGACUGCCGCUUGCUCGCACGGGUCGCAGACUCGACCCUCCACGACCUGACCGGGAAACAGCUCCCGGUGCAAUUGCCCAAGGAAGCUUUUCACCAAGGGACGUGGCUGGCAGUGGGGUGGACCGGCGCUUCCCUGACUGCCCACGAAAGCGGUAACGAGGCGUUAGCGCUUGCUUUCCAAGCGGUGGAAGCAGAGGCGCUGGGCUCCAAGUUAUCCCUUUUCCCAAGAACUGGAGAGACUGACAGCAUCCGAGUCACCAUGACGUCAGCCGGAGGCGUCGACCGCCAUUGUAUAAUAGCAGUAGGGCAAGUAGCGACAGUUGUAGACCUCCAGACCCUCCAAGCGCUCCGUGCUUUCCGCUCUGUUGACACCGCGGUCAGCAGCGGUAAUCAGACAAAGACGGAGGCCACAGUUCCUAGUGUCAAGAGCCCCUCCCAAACCGAGGGGUCCAUUGCCAGCCCCGCUCUAUUCGGGCUGUUUGACACCGUCGCUUUAGACAUCUCAAAGGUUCAGCUAAACAUCGCAAGCGCACGCAGCGAGAGCGAGGACAAGACGCCUCUUGUGAUCGCUCCCACUUUCGCUUUGGCCAAAAUCAGCCUCUCAAUAAAAGGGUCAGCGAGCCACUCAGCCAGUCGGGAAACCUUUUCGCCUUCAGAAGUCGGUCGCUUGAACCACCGAGUGAUCGUCACAAGCGUGACGUGGCGGGUGACGUCAGCGAGCGCGCGGCUGUUGUGUCUCAGCGGAGGCACGCCAGUCGACCUGGGGGCGCCGCUGCUGCACGUUGCUGACGUCAGCGGGAGCAUCGAGCACGAAGAGUGGCGGGACAGCGCGCACGUGGCGCACAGUAAAAAGGCAAGCGUGCUGCGGAUAAGGGCCCUCAGCGGAGGCCUCACCCGCCAGCAACACGUGGCGCUGCUCCUCUUCCUCAAGGGCGCCUCCUCGAGCCACGUGUUACCUGAAGCGUCAGGCCACGUGGGCAGCGACUCUGCGGCCCCUGCUUCGGCGACAGCCCCUCCGAGUGCCACGUGUCGGAUGGAGUCGAGGUCGCGGGUCGAGAUCGACGGUCUGGAAUUGAAGUUGGGGCUGUGGAAGGACAGGGGAGAUGUGCUUUGGCCGGAGGCAGUGCACGGGGACAGCUCGGUGCUGCGGAUCGUCGCAACUGCUUUCAGAAUAGAGGACGUUGAGACGCUUAGUAUACGGGACCGCCCCUCGCCCCAAUCCUCGUCCACUGCUCCGGAAUCCGCUCCUCGAGACUCGAUUCCGCCGGACUCCGCUCGUUUGCAUUCUGGUGCGCACGUGAGACCGGCGCUCCUCGAGAAAGAUAGAACGGUUACGUUGGUGACGGGCGAUCUCAAAGUGCUCCUAGACCGGCGUGCUAGUCAGAACGACUCAGUAGAAGAUACUCUAAUUGCCACUGAGAAUCCUGCGUUCGUUCAUGCGAUCCUUGAGCGCCGCCCCGGGAAAGGGCCGCCCGUCGAGGUGACGUGGCGCAGCAAAGGGGAGCAGCCCGGCAAGCUGGAGCUGAGCCUGGCGGAACUAGACUGGAGGCUCGAUGCGCAACUGAUCCAGGAGUUCAUCACCUUCGCCUACGAACGCCGCAAGCACUUCCCCAACCCGGGCGGACCGGACGUCCUCCCCGCCAUCCCGACCGUCCGAAUCAUUACCGGCGCCUACCGCUGCCACGUUCUCUCCUCCCUCGAAGCCUUCCACGUGGCAGGCCCCAACGUCUCGAGCCGGGGUAUUCACACCCCCGCCUUCGGUGCCCUACUCUUCAGCGAGAGCAGCGUGACACUUGUCAGUCCAUCAGUCGAUCCGGACGUCCGGCAGUGGGCGGGCGUACACGACUCGUCCGAACCCCUGAAUCCUUCCACGGAAGCACGUGCCCUGGAGCUCGACUUCUCGCUACUGGGUUUCGGCCUUUCUCUGGUGGAGUCCCCGGUUGCGAGUGUCGCCCAAACUCACCCCCAAAAUGUCACCCAAAGCUUACCCCAAGAACAAACGUUCCAAACCCUCUCACAGAACCCGCUAACGACCAACCAAACCCCCCCAAAACCUCCUCCAAACCCCGUCCAAACCGCCCUCCCGUUUCUCCUUCCCCGGGACCUACGACUCGGUCUUACUAUAGUGGGCUGCCCCUUCCCGCUCUCCCUCAGACUCGACACCCGCCGCUUAGAGCUGGCGGCCUGCGGGGAGCGACUCUCCGUUUUACAGGGCCUCUUUGGGUCACUCCUUGGGGGGUGGAGCGCGACCUGGCCGCUGAGGCAACGGUGCGCGGGCCCUGUUUUGCCCGCGGACGACCUGCGGUGUGGGCUGUUCAAGAAGGCAAGGGGAGACACGAUGGCGCUGCCAGGGCCCGGCGAAGUGGGGUGGGGGGACGGGGCGGAAGAGGGCUGGAUCGCUUGGAGUUACCCCUACCCCGGAGCGGUCGGGCAAAUCUUGGUCGACCUGCGGACCCUAUCUUCAAGCGCCCCCCCGCUUAUGUUCCGAGUCAGCUACCAGGCACAGCCAGCGAAUCCUUCUACCCCCCCUGCGAGCGCAGAGGACUUCCAAUGGAUCAACUGUGCAACAGCCACGUCAGCAGAUGCAGCUGCCACGUCAGCGGGGGGUUUCCUGCUCAUUACAACCGGCUCAGACGUCGAAGCAGUAUGUUGGCGCCUCUCCUGGCUUUCAGCAACCGGGAACCCGGGGACCGCUGAUCGGGACCUCACAGACCUCUCUCGGGGGGUACUGAUUGCCCCUGAAAAGAACCCCCGUAGCUUGAACCCGCCUUCUCCCGGCUACUCAGGCUCUCCCUCUAGUGCUCACUCCUCCCCUGAGUUUCAUAACCUCUCUUCCACCAACCAUGAAACAAGCGCCCGGGCGAGACUCCCCCGGGCAGUCGACAUGCUGCGCCAAGUCCAGGUUAACCCGACCGGUUCUCCGGCCAAUUCGUGUCCGGUUCCCUCUCUCCCAGUGCUGGCGCCGCUUACAAUCGAGCUGACGGCCGACUCGUUUGAGCUCGGGCUUCUUCACCGGGCACAAGACGGGGAAGACGAGGAGCGGGGGGCGUUGUCAAUCCGAGGGCUGAGGCUGGGCUAUCAUUGGUGGGCCUCGACUGCCAUGACACUGGCGGUGGUCGGGGAGUGGGCGGGGGAGUAUGUGGACACAGCGUGCCAGACCUACGAGCGGCUAGUGGAGCCUGUGGAAUGCGCCCUCGUCGCCGACAUCUGCUCGGUCUUGCUUCCCGGAACCCCUCUGGAUGCCGCUGACCCCGCCCCCAAGACUCCAGCUUCUGCUGCCCCCCUUUUGGAAGGCCUUCCGGUGGCGCAUCCCCGCAAGCCCCCCGCCGGUGUGGGCUACUCUUUCGACGUUCGAACCGAAGGCGAUGUCCGAGUAAGGUUACAGAAGUCCGGACUGGAAGAAGCGCAGCGGCGCUGGGGGAAGAAAGAAGUGGCCGGGGAAAGUUCCUCGGAGGUAGAAGGAGAGAUUUCGGAGGGGACGGAAAGUCGGUCGGAAGAGGAGCGGAUACAAUUGGGGAAGGUCUCGGGUGCUGAGAAAGGAAUGGAGGGAGACGCGAAACGCGGUGAAGACAUGGCAACGGGCGAGUCUGGGGGCAACGUAACGGACAGAAGCCCUGCGAUCGUGCUUAGAAACGAGUCCCCAGUUCCGCUCCACUUCGGCCAGCUCGACACUAACGAAGCGUUGCUCGUUCGCCCUGGGGGGGCUUAUCCUUACAAUUGGGCAGACCCCCCUGUUCUUGUUCCGGGAGCCAAACGGAAACUGCGGGUCAGGAUCGCAGCGCCCUCAUAUGUAGAUCUCCGGGAAAGUGUGGGUCCGGCUAGUUUGUGGAGUGAAGCCUUUCGUCUGAAGGCGAGCGGUGGGUUGGAGAGGCGCGUAGUGAUUGACGGUCGGGGAGUUGCCCCUCUGGUUUUGAAGAUAGGCAAGGGGCGAAGGGGGGAGUGGAACGUAUCGGUCAGUCCGGGGCUGCAGUUCGUAAACAGAACAGCGGGAGUGUUGUCGAUCAGGUACCGGGGUUUGCUGCCCAAGGAGGGGUCGGAUCAGGCGGACCUAGAAAGCGGUGUGGAGCUUAUGACCCCUCCUCAGGACCGCGAACCGUCGAAUUGCGACCAGCUGAAUGGCGCUGAGGAGAUAGCAAGCACUCGCAUUGGGGACAAGCCCCAGAGGCAGUCUUCCCAGGAAGAGUUUGCGAGCUACUGGCAUGCGGGGGAGCGCAUUCUCACCGUCCCGCCGAGCGGACGAACGGCCCCCGGCGUCGGAGUGCUUCUCGUGAACCCCUCCAGCGGCGACGUCAGCGGUGACGUCAGCGACGACGAUUGCCACGUGGCGCCUUCCGUGAGCGUGCUUCUGGGCUCGACGGCAGAGCAAGAGGAGGCCCAAUCGGAGGGCGCCAUUUGGUCUCCCUGGCUCGGUUUGGAUCCCGCUCCCCCGGGGGGGCAGGCGGUACAACUCUUGACGGUUGACACUCAGAGCACGCCCGUGAGAGGGGUGCAGAGGGGGCUUCCCUCGGUGUGGUGUCAGUUGGUGUCAAGCCCCGAGGGAUGCUUAACCGUCACGAUUUGGCCGCUGUUCAUGGCGUACAAUGGGCUCCACCGGAGCGUGGAUCUUCGGGUUGGGGAGGAGGGUUUCGAGUCGGUUAGCGUGCGGGUUAACGAACAGGAAGAAGUCCCGCUGCGGGCCUUGACGUCGGGCGUGGAUUCCGUCGCGUUCCGGCUCGCUGCGGAAAAGGAGACUGAUCCGGGGCGGAAUAGCAGCGGAAACCCUGGGGACUCCGCUUUGGAGCUUAGCCAAGAGCGCUUCGGUUUACUAGACGGGUCGGGUCUGCCUGGCACAGAUAUUGCCGCCACUGAGAAGGGGUGUGUGGGAGGGCAGAGCGGUUUGGACGCAGAAAGUGGGGUGUGGUCUGCUCCGUUGUUGCUGGCUUCCGUUUCGGGAGUGGGGGGGCCGCUCGAGAGCGGAAUGGUGGGAGAGGAGUUCAGGAUACCUUCGCUGGGGGCAGUGCGCCAGCUACUGCUGACUGGAGAGGACAAGGAGCUGGGCUGCGUCCUGGCGUCCGAGCCUUUCUCCCCGGACGUCCCCACGGUUGUCCUCUCCCUCCUCCCAUACGCCGUCCUCCACAACGCGACCCACCACCCCGUCUGUAUCGCCGCUGUCAGCCCACGUGGCGAAACAACGCCCGUCGCGGUCGCUCAACCGGAGGGACACGUGGCGUUCUCCUGGCCGUCCGCUUCUUCCAGCGGCCGGCCCCGCAGGGUUCGGAGGGCGAAGAUUGGCCUCAGCUUUGAUCUGAGCCAACGGGGGGGUGUUCUGAGUGAAUCUUUGGGGGGGGAUGCCGGGACAGAGGCGAGGGGGGGUGCGGAAGCAGAAGAGAUUGGGCUGUCUGCGGGGGGGGCAGGCGGAGCGUUCGUGUGGUCGAGCCCGGUAUCGUUGGAUGAAGGGGGACUUCACGAGGGGUCCGUGUGGGUGCCGGCAGGGGAUCUGGUGGCGGAGUGCUGCUUCCUCGUGCGGAUUGAAAACGUCAGCCACAAGGACGCCUCGAGCCACUCCCCCAGUCACGUGACCUGCCACGUCAGCAUCUACCCCUGGGCGCUAGCGUCCAACUUGACCCCCUACGCGCUUUACCUCCACCCUUUCCACGCCACUUACCCGGGGGCUCCCCCCGCCGCAUCUCUGGUCUGGCCCGCGCAAACCCUUCCGGGGGGGCAGAAAGAAGCCCACGUCCUGGUGCGCCGCCUGGUAAAAGAACCCCCCCCGGAGCUGACCCCCGGGCUGUCGUCAAUCACGUAUCGGAGCUUGUUAGACGCGCCAACAGCGGAAAUCGGUUUGGAGGUAGAAGCUUUAGAAUCGGUCGAACGGACGGCGUGGAGCCAGGGACCGUUGGAACCCGGUUCUAAACUUGGCACGAUUUUAGGUAUCGCUGGCAAUGUUGAUCUUGGAACCGGGAAAAGGGAUGUUUCGGAAAGAAAUGUUGAGCGGCUCGGGCUGUCGUACCCCCCCGGAGGAGUCCAGGCGCUCUCCCCCUCGUUCCAGCUCGGCAUGCCCGCCACUCAGCGCCGCAUGCUGCUGACGUCAUCCCCAGGGGGCCACGACGUCAUGCUGACGUGGCACGUGGUCAGCGCGGACGGCCAGGCGCAUCUGGUGCUGCACGAGGACGCGCAGCCGCCGGGGGCCGUCCGGAACGAGUCGGACGCUGCGCUCGAGAUGCGGCAGGGGGGCCGUGGUGUCAAGCUCCAGAUCAGGAUGGGAAAUGGCUUCUGGAGCGAACCUUUUAACACUGAUGGAGCGCUGAGUUUCGAGUAUCCGCCGUCUUCAAAGGAGAACGCGCAAGCAGGGGGGUGGGAAGAACAAGAGGCGCUGUCGGAAGGACGGAAAACGGAAGGCGGUCAGAGCGGGAUUGUAAAGGGCAAUGAGAAGGGAACCGGAGACGAGGCAUCGGCGGUCGACGUUUUGCAAAUUCACGAGCCGCGAGGUUCGGAAGAAACGCUGACGGUGCAAGUCGAGAGGCAGGGGGCGACCUGCUGCAUUCUGGUGCGCCGCUCAGGAGGACACGCAGCGGCGGGAUCCUCAGAAGCGGAAGCCUCGAGACCGGAACGAUUGGAAACCGCAACGGAAACCGAAAAGGAGUUAGCUCUCCCUUCGAACCUCGCGGUCAACCUCUCCUUCGGUUCCCUGCAAGCGGCCCUCUUCGAUGACGAAAGCCGCCUCUUCAGGGGGCCCGUUUCAACCACCGAAACACCCCCCCAAAACAACCCCAGCAGCCCUUCUCUCGCGUUCCUGUUCACGCUAGACGGGCUCCAAUUCGAAGCCUCCCGGGUCUCCUCCCCCCGCUCGGUAGGCCUUCCCCCGGUCACGUCCUACGAUUGCCACGUGGCAGUCGCGGCCCUCCAGCUGGACAACCAUCUGCUCGGGGCGAAGCUACCGGUCGUUUUGACGGUCGACUUGGGGGAGACGGGGCUUGCGGCCGCGAAACUUCGUGGCCACCCGAGCUCCAAAACCGACCCCUUCCCUGCCGCCCGGUGCUCGGUCACUUUCUUCCAACCAGUCCCUGGCCCCUCCCCCGAUCUGUCCGCAGCUUGGGUCCAAAGUCUGGACGUCCGAAUCCAGCCACUCGUGCUAAACAUCGACGACUCGCUGCUCGCACUGUUUACACGUCUCCGGAGGCCCCCAUUUCCUGCCGAUGCCCUCGAGUCCUCAGCCAAAUCCGCGCGGCAUCCUCAGUCACAGGGCCUCCUAAUCCGGACGUCUGACCUCGCCCUGGCCGACCCGCAGCUGUACGUACACUCCCUAGCGGUUUCGGACGUCCGGUUAGCGCUAACCGCGUGCGUGACCCGGCCCGUGGUUCUAGACGUCCGCGCGGCGCCGGUGCGGCUGUCCGAACUGGAGCUGCGGACGGUGUUGUUCCCGUCCGUGGUGUUAGCCCGGGGCGUCCUAGGCCACUAUGUUACGGAGGCCAUUUGUAACGUGCACCGGGUGGUGGGCUCUCUGGAGCUGCUCUUCAACCCCACGGGCUUGGUGAAGAGCGUGCGCGCCGGUCUGCGCGACCUCAUUCAAUUGCCGCUGCAAGGCAGCCAGAACGGCGCCUUCGGCUUCCUUUGGGGACUUGGGGCAGGUGGCGCCUCUCUGUCGCGCCACGUGUCCCGCUGGACGCUUUCCUCGGUCGCCGGCUUCAGCUCCUCGCUCUCCCGUAUCUUGACCCAAGCGGGGGGGCGGGGACCCGGGCAGAACGACCCCUCUUCGGAGGAGACGGGCAACUCGGCUCAGGCCCUGUCGAGCGAGGGACCCAUGUCUCCAAAGACUGGGGCUCCGACUGGCGGAGUGCUGAGCGGCGUCAGGCGGGGCCUUAUCGGCGUUCUGGUGGCGCCUCUGCAGCUUGUGGCGCACACUUCCUCGGGGCUGCUCGGGCGGGAAACAGGGCCCCAGCCGCGCUUGCUGCGGGUGUCGAGCUCGCUGAGCGUGACGUCAGAGAGUGUGAAUACGGGCGUUUUAGAAGAGGAGGCGGUCGAAGAGGGAUCCCCCGUCCGGAGUGCGUUGCGCAGACUACGGAGCCACAUUCUCACAGGCGAGCGCUUUAUGCGCCACGUUGUGGUUAACUCACUAACCGUAGUGCGGGUUACCGGUCCCGUCGAGGAUGUGCGUCCUAUGGUUCUCGACCGGGGGAGCCUGCUCCUGAGCGACAGAGCGGUGUAUGUGCUCGAAUGUGGGGGCGCCCGGUUAGCGGCCCGGCUCCCUUUAACCGGCUUGUUGCUGGAAGAGGAAUACGCGAGCUAUGAGAUUGUCCUAAUCGCCGGUGCAACCGCCGGUCAGCUUCAGGCUGCGCGCACCGAGUCGGAAGCCCAAGAAGGGCGUGCUUCCGUCCAGGUUCUCGCUCGGCUUGACCGGGACACGUGGCAAGCUGUGAUCCCUGUUUUUAAGCAGAGACUGUUGUACGAGUAGCCUGUCAGAUGAAAGUAGAAGCACGUCGAAAGCGUUGCUCUUGUGCCUCUGCUACCAAUUAAUACUGAUUUCUGCUCCUGGUGGAGUUUUGCAACUCAAGCUUUGACUUCUAAAAGCAGUGAUACUUACUUACAAGCUCAGAAGGAGCAGGCUCGCAAAAGAUGAGAAUCUGACUCUGAAAAGGUGAAUUCCAUGUGAUUCCGACGUGCCGCCAGG